AACACGCAUGCGCUGUUUUAUCCAUUCGGGUUUACUGGAUAUGACAUUAGGACUCGUUUGAUCUAAAACGAAACUCGAUUAAAAAAGAUUGUGAAAUCUGCGUUAUUGUUAACAAUUAUAGUCACUGAUCAUGCGAUCCUGCUAGAUCUAUCGUCUGAAAAGAGCCAAAGCCAGCAGCGGUAAAGCAGUUGCUUGUUGGUGAGCUAGCAAUAGUUGUUACGAUAUGGCAAGGUAAUUGUCUAAAGGCUUUUUACAGAAUGUGGAGAAGGCACUUCGUAAUUGCUUGGAAGGCAACGCCUGGAUAAGAAGAUCCCUACUUAGAUAUUUUGUUGACAAUUAGAUAAACAUGGGUAUGCCAUUAUUGUCCCAUCCGUGCUUUAAAGCAAUUUGUGUCAUCGCUUUACUCAAUGGGCUUGGCGACUGCAGCGAGGGGUCAGCAUCGCAUCAGACCUCGCAGUUCUCCUCAUAUGAAGUCACCAUACCCAAGCGCUUUGGGAAGCAGAGGAGAGACAUGGAUAGCUCAGAUUCUAACCAGGUGUCCUAUAUCAUCAGUGCCAUGGGAAAAGAGCAUGUUGUUGUCCUGGAGAAGAAUGAGCUACUGCUCCCUAAGACUUCACUGUGUACACACAUGCCAAGGAUGGAUCUCUAUAUAACCAACAGACCUCAAUGCAGGUAA